GCUGCGAAGAUGCCCAGCGUGCGAAUGUUUAGAACCCACCAGAGGCUCACGUCUCAGGCAGCUCCAAAGCCAGGAAUUCCUUAUAAACAGCUGACUGUAGGUGUCCCAAAGGAGAUAUUUGAGAAUGAGAAAAGAGUGGCUCUAUCACCGGCUGGAGUUCAAGCCUUGGUUAAACAAGGCUUCAAUGUUGUGGUGGAAUCUGGUGCUGGAGAAGCUUCCAAGUUUUCUGAUGACCAUUACAGAGAAGUUGGAGCGAAGAUCCAGGGGACCAAGGAAGUUCUGGCUUCUGAUUUGGUUGUCAAAGUGAGGGCUCCUAUAUAUAACUCAGCUCUAGGUGUACAUGAAGCAGAUCUUUUUAAGACAGCGGCUACCCUUAUUAGUUUUAUCUACCCAGCACAAAAUCCAGACCUCCUGAAAAAACUUGCAGAAAAAAAGACUACUGUCUUGGCUAUGGAUCAGGUUCCACGAGUCACCAUUGCUCAGGGAUAUGACGCACUUAGCUCCAUGGCCAACAUUGCUGGUUACAAGGCUGUUGUACUGGCAGCAAAUCACUUUGGUCGAUUUUUCACGGGUCAAAUCACAGCUGCUGGUAAAGUUCCUCCAGCAAAGGUCUUGAUCAUUGGAGGAGGAGUUGCUGGCCUAGCUUCUGCAGGAGCAGCUAAAUCGAUGGGUGCAGUGGUUCGUGGAUUUGAUACUAGAGCUGCAGCUCUAGAACAAUUCAAGUCUCUUGGUGCUGAGCCUUUGGAAGUAGACAUAAAAGAAUCUGGAGAGGGACAAGGUGGUUAUGCUAAAGAAAUGUCAAAAGAAUUUAUUGAAGCUGAAAUGAAACUGUUCGCCAAGCAGUGCCAAGACGUUGAUAUUAUCAUCACUACAGCGCUUAUUCCAGGCAAAAAAGCUCCCGUCUUGUUUAAGAAAGAUAUGAUUGAAUCAAUGAAAGAGGGUUCAGUUGUUGUGGAUUUAGCUGCAGAAGCAGGGGGAAAUAUUGAGACUACAAAGCCUGGAGAAUUGUAUGUUCAUAAGGGUGUUACACACAUUGGCUACACAGACCUGCCUAGCAGAAUGGCUACCCAGGCCAGUACUCUGUAUAGCAAUAAUAUUAUCAAACUCCUAAAGGCUAUUAGUCCUGACAAAGAGAACUUCUACUUUGAUCCAAAAGAUGAAUUUGAUUAUGGAACUUUGGAUCAUGUUAUUAGAGGAACUGUAGUAAUGAAGGAUGGCAAGGUGAUUUUCCCAGCACCUCCACCAAAUAACAUUCCUCAAGGAGCACCUGUGAAGCCGAAGACGGUCGCAGAGCUGGAAGCGGAAAAAGCAGCUACCAUUACACCUUUCAGGAGAACUAUGACCAGUGCAUCUGUAUACACAGCAGGUUUAGCUAGCAUGUUAGGACUGGGCAUUGUAGCUCCUAGUGCUGCUUUCACACAAAUGGUGACAACAUUUGGACUGGCUGGAAUAGUGGGGUACCAUACAGUAUGGGGUGUGACUCCUGCUCUUCACUCUCCACUCAUGUCAGUGACUAAUGCGAUUUCAGGAUUGACUGCAGUUGGUGGGCUGGUAUUGAUGGGAGGAAACUAUCUCCCUGAAAAUGUUUCUCAAAGUCUGGCAGUGCUUUCAGCCUUCAUCUCUUCAGUCAAUAUUGCAGGUAUGCAUGUUAGGUUUUCUCCCAAAG